ACAUCAGAAGUCAAACAACAAUAGGACUGUGAUUUCUGUUCAUUACGUAUCACCAUUUCCAGUUAAUGGGUUCUUGGGAAUCAUACAACCAGAAAAUGGUGAGGUGAUGCAGUAGAAUUGUGCUUGACUCUAUCAUCUAUUCUCCUUGCGUUCCAUCCCCAUUCCCAUUCCCAUUCCCAUUCUCAUAUACCAGUUCCAUGACAGUUCACAGAUGAGUGGGUCUGGGUGUCUCAGAUCCUUGAUGCUCACUCUAAACCAAUUCCCUGAGCCUCUGUUUUCCCAUCGCUUCCCGCAUCAUUUCAGAAACCAACUCACUCUCACAACGAAACCCACCUCAUUUAUCAAUCCUCACAAGUGCUUUUGUGGGAAUGUCACAAGGUUGAGCUCGGCAGAAUAUAGUAAUGCAGCUGCGAAAGCCCAUAUCUUCGAUGGUAGUUUAGUUCGUCAAAAUGAAAGUAAUCCAAAUGGGAUUGAAUUCCUGCAUUCGGUGGAAGCACAUUGCGUUCGUGCUAAUUGUCAGACUUAUAUUUGGCUUUUAAAAGGGUGCUCAAGUUCUGGGUCCUUGUUAGAUUCUAAGAAGCUUCACUCUACGAUUCUGAAGCUGGGUUUUGAUGCAGAACAGGUAAUAUGUGAUGGCCUCACUGAUGCUUAUCUUGCCUGUGGUGAUUUAGAAGGUGCGGUUAAGGUUUUCAAUGACAUGCCCCGCAGAAGUUCAUUUUCAUGGAAUAACAUAAUUCAUGGGUUUCUUGCAAAGAAGUUGACCAGCCACGUAUUGGAUCUCUUUUCUGGAAUGAUAGCAGAUAAUGUGCAUCCUGAUGAGACCACAUUUGCCCGUGUUUUAAGGGCAUGUGGUGGGGGUAAUGUCCGUAUCCAAUAUGUUGAACAGAUUCAUACAAGGAUUAUAUGUCAUGGUUUUGGUACUAAUUUGCUCGUAUGUAAUCCCUUAAUUGAUUUGUAUGCCAAAAACGGGUAUGUGGAUUAUGCUAAAAAGGUCUUUGAUAAAUUAUAUCUAAGGGAUAGUGUUUCUUGGGUGGCCAUGACUUCUGGUUUAUCUCAGAAUGGACGGGAAAAAGAAGCAGUUCUCUUAUUCAUUCAGAUGCAAACAUCAGGAAUUUUACCCACUCCUUAUGUAUUCUCGAGCGUACUAAGUGCCUGCACCAAAAUAGAGUUAUUUGAGAUGGGAGCACAGCUGCACGGCCUUAUUUUCAAGGGGGGAUUUUCUUGUGAAACAUAUGUAUGCAAUGCACUUGUGACAUUAUAUUCCCGCUCAGGGAACUUCAUAUCUGCUGAAGAAAUUUUCAAAACAAUGAUCCACAGGGAUGCAGUAUCUUAUAACUCACUGAUCUCUGGGCUAGCUCAGCGUGGGUUUAGUGAUAGAGCAUUGGAAUUGUUCAAAAGAAUGCAGAUUGAUUGUUUGGAACCAGACUGUGUUACAAUUGCUAGUCUUUUGAGUGCCUGCGCAGAUGUUGGUGCUCUGCAUAAGGGAACUCAACUCCACUCACUUGCAAUAAAAGCGGGAAUGUCAUCAGAUAUCAUCCUUGAAGGCUCUCUGCUUGAUCUUUAUGUGAAAUGCUCUGAUGUGCAAACUGCCUAUGAGUUUUUCCUUACAACAGAGACAGAAAAUGUUGUCCUGUGGAAUGUGAUGUUAGUUGCUUAUGGUCAGCUAGAUGAUCUUAAUGAAUCAUUUCAUAUUUUUAGGCAAAUGCAUAUUGAGGGCAUGAGUCCUAAUCAAUACACCUACCCUAGUAUUCUGAGAACCUGUACCUCUGUCGGGGCUCUCAAUUUAGGAGAACAAAUACAUACUCAAGUCAUAAAAACUGGUUUUCAUUUCAAUGUUUAUGUCUGCAGUGUGCUUAUUGAUAUGUAUGCUAAGCAUGGGGAAUUGGAUACUGCCCUGAAAAUUCUCAAUAGACUCACUGAGGAUGAUGUUGUGUCUUGGACUGCUAUGAUCGCAGGGUAUGCACAGCAUGAUUUAUUUUCGGAAUCUCUUAUACUUUUUGAAGAAAUGCAAAAGAGAGGAAUUCGAUCUGACAACAUAGGAUUUUCAAGUGCAAUAAGUGCAUGUGCUGGUAUUCAAGCACUCAAUCAAGGAAGACAAAUUCAUGCUCAGUCGUGUGUCUCUGGUUGUUCAGAUGACCUGUCAGUCGGAAAUGCACUUGUUACCCUGUAUGCCAGAUGUGGUAGAAUAUGGGAAGCAUACCAUGCAUUUGAGGCAAUUGAUGCUAAAGAUAAUAUAUCAUGGAAUGGAUUGAUAUCUGGGUUUGCACAGAGUGGGUACUUUGAGGAAGCACUGCAGGUAUUUAAUCGGAUGAAUAAAGCUGGAGUAGAAGCUAAUUUGUUCACAUUUGGCUCUGCAAUUAGUGCUGCUGCUAAUUUAGCAAAUAUAAAACAAGGAGAGCAGAUCCAUGCUGCAAUUAUAAAAACUGGGAAGAAUUCUGAAACUGAGGUUUCCAAUGCUUUAAUCACAUUGUACUCAAAGUGUGGUAGCAUUAAUGAUGCCAAUAAAGAGUUUUCUGAAAUGCCUGAAAAGAAUGAGAUUUCUUGGAAUGCCAUGAUUACUGGCUAUUCUCAACAUGGGCGCGGUGUUGAAUCAAUACAUCUAUUUGAGGAGAUGAAACAACUUGGUAUAGCGCCAAGCCACGUCACAUUUGUGGGAGUACUUUCAGCCUGUAGCCAUGUAGGCUUGGUAGAUGAAGGGCUUGGUUACUUCGAAUCCAUGAGCAAAGAGCACGGGUUAGUGCCUAAGCCUGAACAUUAUGCUUGUGUUGUUGAUCUUCUAGGGCGAGCUGGUUCUUUGAGCUCUGCAAGAAAAUUUAUAAAGGAGAUGCCAAUGAAACCAGAUGCAAUGAUUUGGAGGACGCUCUUAAGUGCAUGUAUAACUCAUAAGAACACAGAAAUUGGAGAGUUUGCUGCCCAUCAUCUUCUGGAACUGGAUCAGACGAGGCAAUUAAUGAAGGAAAGGGGUGUGAAGAAAGAGCCUGGUCGUAGCUGGAUUGAGGUAAAAAACUCAGUUCAUGCAUUCUUUGUUGGUGACAAACUGCACCCGCUUGCAGAUAAGAUUUAUGAAUUCUUAGGGGAUUUGAAUGAGCGGGCAGCUGAAAUUGGUUAUGUUGAAGACCGCUACAACCUUUGGAAUGAAAUAGAGCAGCAGCAGAAAGAUCCAACAGAGUAUAUUCACAGUGAGAAAUUGGCAAUCUCUUUUGGCCUACUCAGCUUAUCUAAUACGAUCCCUAUACGUGUAAUUAAGAAUCUUCGUGUUUGUAAUGAUUGCCAUAAUUGGAUCAAGUACAUGUCAAAGAUUUCGGAUCGAACUAUCAUAGUACGGGAUGCUUAUCGUUUUCAUCAUUUCAAAGAUGGUGUGUGUUCUUGUAGAGAUUACUGGUAAGAUUGUCAAAAGCUUGCCAGAAUCCAUGUUUCCAUCGAGGAUUUCAAAUCACUUUAUUGUCCUAUGAUUGAGUCGAUUCAAGUUUCCUCCAAUAGAAGACCAUG